AUGUAUAUAAACAGUGUCACGCAAGCUGGUAUGACGGGACAAGUUCAAUACGUUGUGCUGCCCGCUCAUUCUAGCGUGUCACAAAUAAGGCCUGUAUUACAAGGCCAAGGUUAUGCCGGGCAAGCGGUGCCUCAAACUGCCUCACCGCAGCAAUACCAAAGUUACGUAGUGUCUCCAACACAAACGCCUUAUCAACAAUUUCCUUACGGUGCCAUAUCCAAAGAUGUCACGUCAUCCGUUAUUCAACAACACCCACGUUCUCAAACACCACCCACCCCUCCCCAGACUGCGUCACCUGUCGUUGCAAGUCAGUUCUUACAGCAACAGCAGUUGACGCUGUCUUCGCAAAUCCCUGCACAAUCUCCGCAACAAUCACACACCUCCCCAUACCAGCAACAAACGACCUCACCCCACACCCCACAGCAAAUUAUGCGACCUAUGGUACCAGUAGUCAUUCAAGGAGGUCGAGGAGUUACUAUGGCAACUGCUGUUGGACAGCAAAACCCAAUCCCUUCACAAUACCCACAACCUCCAGCCCAUGUACAAACACAGUACCCAUCUAACCAGAGGCGAAUGUAUAAUAUUGAUAGACGCGUUCCUAAGGCAGGUGAAAUGUACGGCUCCGAGGCUGUUAUGCAAGGUUCCUCGUUGGUGUCUUACGGCGAUGGUACGAUUCCAACUGGAUAUGAGAUUCCAGGCGAGAGGAGCCAGUACAACUUUCAGUAUCAAAGGUAUAUUCAUAGUUGCGUAUACAGUAAAAUUCCGAAAAUAAGCCCCUGUAUGUAUAAGCCCCUCCAAAUAUAAGCCCCCCAAACCGGUAGCGCAAAAAACCCUCCGUUAAAUGUCCGCUCCGAAUAUAAGGCCUCCAGGGGCUUUUACUUGGAAAAUUGCCCUCAAAGACAAAGUAAAACAAAGCAAAAACGCUAGAUUUACUUCCAACUAUAAGGCUAGCCCAAUCGAUUUUAAAACGCAAACUUCCCUCCAUAGGUAAGCCCCUCCAAAAAUAAGCCCCUCAAAAAGGGCUUUUGAAAAAUAUAUGCCGCGGGGCUUAUUUGCGGAAUUUUACGGUAUACACAGAAAUCCUAUGGGUGGUAUUGCAGGAAGCGUUACAUUUAGGGCCUCUCCACAUGAGCCCGGUUGCCUGGUCGGGCCAGGUUACCGGGACAAAUUUCCCCUUGGGUUCAUAUGAGAAAAUUCAGCCCGGUUUCAGAGAUGAGAUACGGCCAAAGAUCCUGGGGACGAGUUCUGGCGCCAAAUUCGGGGAACAGCAAACGUGGCGAAACACAAAAAUUAUCACUUUCGCGCCUAUCAUAGCUUCGGCAACUCUUAAAGCUGUAUCACUGCAGUUAAAUGGGAUGCUUAUGAUGUGGAAAAUACAGCAGGUAAUGCAAGACGAUGCCAUCCGGACCGCCAGAAUUCAUCCCUUUAACCGGGCUGAAGUAUUCAUAUGGCAAAAUUUCCAGCCCGCUUACCCAGAUCCGGGUUGGAAAAACUGAGAUCUCGGGAACCGAGCCAGCCCGCCCUCUCAUAUGAACACAUCUAAAAUUUUACUAAGGAUUUAGAGGUAAGGCGAGAUCUCGGACCCCGGGGGCGCUUUCCAUUCAACCCAUUCACUAGCUCGAGGAAGAACAAAGACAGAGACUGUUAUUAUUGCCUCAAUCUGAAACCACACUGUCAGACAAAAAUAGUUGGGACACUUCCACCCAACGCUGUUUUUCCACUUCUGGCGCCCCAUCCUCCCAAUGUUUUUUUAUUUAACGCAGCUAGCUCACCAAAUCUUGCACACCAACAUUGGGAGGGCAAGAAGACAGCAAAGUGUCCCAACAAUUUUGACUAAGACUGUAGCUGAAGGGAAUGCGCCAUAGUUUUCACUACUGUUGAUAGCUUUGUUACAGAUCUCCAAUAUUAUUUGAUUCAAGAACAAUAUCUAAGUUUAAAAGAUACUAGUUGAACGAGCUUAAGUCUAAAAGGAUUUCUCCAUUUAACUGUAUGUACUCCAAUAACCGCCGCCCCCGGAGCACCUCGCUAAGAUAAAAGAAUAUUGAUAUUUGCAAUAGUGCGUCGCUUUUCGAUUGUAAUCGUUUGGUAACAUUUGUUCAUGUUGACAUGAAUGAUUAGCAGGGAAAAGAAACCUAAAAAAUAGACCCUAACACUCUCUUUUGUUGCGCUUCUUUCCUGGUUCGUGUUGUUUUUGAACGUAACAAAAGAAAAGAAGAAAGAUAUGCAGUGCCGUGUGAUUCGUAGCCUCCAACGCAGUCGUUUUUUGUUUCGUCACGCAACGCACCUGUCACGUUGCGUGACGUCCCAAAGAACGCCCCCAGAGGAAACUAUGAAAUUCGCGAAUGGUUAAAUUUAUGUCAGCGUCGGACCGAGAAUUCAAGAACUUAACAGGCGCUAUGGCUAUUAUUUAGCCUUUCCAUAGACAUGCUCGAGGAUCUCAUAAAUAGAGGGACUGUGAACAAAAGAGUGAUUAUUCCAGUUAUGACCAGAGAACCGGUCACAUGGUAUAAAAACCACCUUGCUGGAGGGCAAACAAUGCACUGGGAGCUGAAGGAUAUUUGAUUUUUGAAUGAUGUAAUCUCUUUGUUUUUCUUGCCCCACUGCGGCGUUUGCCAUCCAGCAGUGUUUUUGUAAUGUGACCAUUUCUCUGCAAAGGACGCAUAAAGGACGGGAGAGGAAAGAAGACGGCAAACCUUGUGUGACAUGCGUGACAAUAAUUUUGUUUGAAAAAACUUUUCGCCAAACUUCACCUUCCCUUAAAUAGAUCUUUUCGUAAAAGACCAGAAAACAUUAAUGUCAAGUGAUGAUCACGACAAACACGCAAGGAAUAGCCAUGUAACGGUUGUCACACUCAAGCGUUUUACCGUCGUCAUCUUCCUGCCGUCCUGUUGCGUAAACUCAUGAUUCAUUUACGACAGUGUGUCUUUUAUUUCCAGAUAUGGCUCCUCAGGGCAGACUACGAACUCGUCAGGAAAUCAAUAUCAGCCGUACAACAAACCAAAAACAAAACAGUACAAGGAUCGGAGGGCCAGUCCUCGAGGACAGCAACAACAGCAAGACAUGGGCAAAAAACACGGUCGUAAAACACCCGAGACCGACCGGACGACGAAUGAACAGUAAGGAACACUGGCCAAAGAAUUUUUAAUGUGUAUGUUGUUUACUUGAAAUAAUGAUCGUUUGCUCCUAAUUUUUUAACAGUUCUUUAGAACUGAUUAUCAGAAGGCUGUGGGUUGUGAAACCGUCAUUUUAAUUAAAUGUUUCAUUUAUUCAAGACCUAUAUCCUAGAAAACCCAGUAUAAAUAGUACUUACAAUCAGUUUUAAUCUACUCCAAGUUUAUCCGUCCUUCCUUUCUUUUGUAUUUGCAGGGUUCGCGCAGUCUUGAAAAGUCCUUGAAUUUUAGGGGAAGUCCUUGAAAAGUCCUUGAAUUCCAUUUUUCCUUGAAAAGUCCUUAAAUUUCCAUGCAAGUCCUUGAAAAUUCCUUGAAAUUUCUUCAACUUUGAAUGAGAUGGUCUGGAAAGAAUUUUUUAAUGCUUUUUGGUUUUCCACGACAAUAUAAAUCAUAGCUCAGCGACGCUCAAAGUGAUUUACGUAAAGCGUUUUUUGUUUCGCGAAUUCAUGCAAGAAUUAACCAUUAAUUCAAGACAAGUGAACUGAAAAAUGCAGAGAAGUUGGUAAAGCAAAGGGAUCAAGCCUUAAAGUCUUAUUAGAAUAGACUGGGAAUGUGGAUUUUUGUCAGAUAGUACGCAUUUUGUACAAUAUGACAAAUUAUAUUCCUAGUAGGUGGUCCUUGAAAAUGUAAUGUGGUCCUUGAAACGUCCUUGAAAAAUGGUUGGAUUUUUUGGUAUGAACCCUGAUUGGUUGUGUUUUUUAUUCUUUCUGGCUUCUAGUGUUUUGAACCGUUUUUUUUCCGUUUUAUUCAGUUUGUUGGCAGCUCUCAAUGUUUAAAUAGUUCCUUUCGCGUCUUAUGUAGGCCGUGGCCAGAUUAACCCCAGCUUAAUUUCCACCAUCCCAGGGCCACAGAAAAUUGAGUUCUAUCUUUAAACGUUGCUGUUUUAACCAGGUUUUGGGAUUACGGAAUGACUGCCUGAUUUUUGUUAAUAUGAAUCGAAAAAAUGAACACUGACAGGAUGGUAGCGCUUGAAUUGCGCUGCCUCCACUGUGCAUAAUUUCGGCAUUUGCAUAUUUCCGCUCUUACAGAUCAUUAGUGUACCAAAUAACCUCCUUUUUCGCUUUCUCUUGCAGGAGUGAGCAAUAUUCUGGAAGUGCUUGACUUACGAAAACGAAAAAAAAAUAAAGAUGAUGAAUUAUUCCGGGAACUUAGAGAGACUGAUGCGAAAAUCAAGUAA